ACCAGGCCCAAGUACAGCCAGCUGGGGUGGAGGGGCCGCCCUUUUCUCGCCUUAUCUCCUAGCGAACGGGAACAAAAAACCGAAACCAAAACCUGCCUGCAGGGCCCUCACCCGGUCGCCCGCGCUCCGCUCGACUUGGGCGCUGCCGGCCGCUGAGGGCGCGUCUCUCCUCCGCCAUGGCAUCAAUGGUGAAUGUCAGGGAAUCUAAAGCUUCUGAAAGAACGGUUGUAGUUGCUGGUCUUCCGGUUGCAACGGUUUUUAAUGCUCAAUUACUGGCCACAUUAGUGAAGAUUCACUUCCAAGAUAGUAAGAAUGAGGGUGGAGUUGUUGAAGAUGUGAUAUAUCCAACAAGAACCAAGGGAGUUGCAUAUGUAACAUUCAAAGAAAAAAAAGUUGCAGAGAAUGUCAUCAGAAAAAAGAACCACUGUCUAGUAAAGAAGUUUGUACCCACUCCACUCACAGUCUCUCAUCUUAGUGAAGAGGUCUUCAGCUCUGUAAAGGCUAUCCUUGAUCUUUCUGUUUUUCGGAGUCAAGUCAUUCUAGAAAGUCUGGUAAUGGACCUGAAAAGGAAAAUCCCAACUUUAUGCUUCAGUCAUUUGGAACCCAGUGGAAGAAUCUCCGUUCAGGGAUCAUUUCUGGCUAUCAAGAGGCUCAAAGAAUCUUUGCUAUUAAAAGCAAGUUCUCUUUUAGAAAAAAACAGGAAUUUUAUCAGUGAGGGGAAAGAGUGGAAUAGAGAGAGCCCCAGAAGGAGUCUACAGGGAAGUAGUAUUUCUUCGGAGUCACUCAGGUCCUCAGUAUCUAAGACUAGUGGAAGUGGAGAAAUGCUUGUUCUCGACACAGAUGUUUUCCUUUACCUGAAAAAGAAGUGUGGAUAUUAUGAAAGAGCUUUGAAAAAAUUUCAUGUUUUAUGUCAGGAGAGAGUGGAUGGUGAAAUUACCACAAUUUGUAUAAAAAGUUCUCACGCUAUUUCUCAUCCAAAUGAUGAAACAUAUGUAAAAAAGCUCAUUGAGAAAUAUUCACAUAUUCUUCACUUUGAACUUAGAAAAGAGACAAUUAUUUUGGAUGGAAAGGAAAACAGAGAGAAAAGAAAUAUUAAGUUGGCAUGUGAACAACUGAAUUCAAAGUACCCUCAGGUUCUGAUUAAUUCUUAUAAGACACAUGUUGACAUUAUAGGAUCUUCCUCUGAUGUUUACUUGUUUAAAAAAGAGGUCAUGAAAUUAAUAAGGCAAAAAGUUAGGUAAUAAUCUCAGCAAUAGUAAUGAUCAUGGCUGCUGCUUUCUCUUACUUUGCAGUGACAAUGCCAUGUAUGACACUAGCUUUGUACGAAUUAUCUCAUUUAAUCCUUACAACCAUCCUUCAUUGUAGGCAUUGCUAUCUUCAUGUUAUAGGGGAAGAAACUAGGAUUUGGAGAAGUUAAAAACACUUGUUUGAGGUUAUCCAGCUGGCGGGGAAUGGGACUAGGGUUAAACCCAGUCUAUCUGACUACAAAGAUAAUAUCUAAGGUAUAAAACUUUGAGGAAAGUCUCACUAAACUUUGAAGAAAUCUCUCUUUCUCUGUAACCCCAAAUUCUUACAAAAAGAAGUACUCUAAAUUCUAACAUAUGAGAAGUUCGGAUGAUUAUUAUUACACCAUUGCCAGUUUCUUAACAUUUACAAAGUUUGCAUUUACUCCAAAUAGAAUUAAAACUCACCUGAGAAGCUACUUAGAUGGAGAGUAUUUCUGAUGCAGGUAAUCAUUACUUGACUAAAUCCCAUUGGUACAAGGCGACUGGACAUACAGGACACUUUUACUGCAGGUUAUUUAGCCUAAGUGCUUACAUAAAAUGUUGGUUCUCCUGUUAAAAUUAUGAAGAAAGUGUAGCAUCUUUUUUUUUAUUCCCCCUUUUAUUUUAUAAUUGUAUUAUUGUUAGAGUAACAGCUUUGGAUGAGU